AUGUCCGAAAUCGAAAUCCCGCCGUAUUUCAUCUGCCCCAUCUCUCUGGACAUCAUGGGCGACCCCGUCACCGUCCCCACCGGCAUCACCUACGACCGGGACAGCAUCGAGACGUGGCUCUUCACCGAGCGCCGCCCCACCUGCCCCGUCACCAACCUGCCCCUCUCCGCCGCUGCCGCCGCCGACCUCACCACCCCCAACGUCAUUCUCCGCCGCCUCAUCCAGUCCUGGUGCACCCUCCACUCCGCCCACCGCCUCCCCACUCCCAAGCCGCCGGCCACCCCUUCCCAGAUUCACAAGCUCCUCGCCGCCGCCGCAAACCCUUCGACCCAGAUCGAGUCCCUCCAAACCCUCAGAUCCAUCGCCUCCCAGAGCCAGACGAACCGAAUCUCCAUGGAAAACGCCGGCGUCCACGAUUUCCUGGCGUCGCUUGUCGUCAACGAACCAUACGGAUCGAAAAAAGUACGCGAGGAGGCUCUAGCCGUUCUCUUCGCGCUCCAACUAUCCGAAUCGGGCCUCGAGUUCCUCGCCCAAAACCCAGAGUUUCCCCAAGCCCUGGCGCGGCUCCUCCCCCACGCCAGCUACGAGUCGCGGGUCCACGCCGUCGUGAUCCUCAAAUCGGUCCUCGAGGCAGCCAACCCUACCCGUCAAAUCCACCUCCGGCACGAAUUCUUCCUCGAGCUCGCCCAAAUCCUCCGCACACAAGGCGUUUUACAAAAUGCCUCAAAGGCAGUGCUAAAGAUUAUACUCUGCACCUGCCCCUGGGGCAGGAAUAAGGUCAAGGCUGUCGAGGCCGGGUUGAUGCCGGUUCUAAUCGACUGCCUGCUCGACUCGACCGACAAACGGGCUUGUGAGCUUCUGCUAAUGGCUCUGGACAUUCUUUGCCAGUGUGCGGAGGGGAGGUCCGAGCUGAUCAAGCACGGUGCAGGUUUGGCUGUAGUCUCGAAAAAGAUACUCAGGGUUUCGAAUGCGGCCAGCGAGAAGGCGGUUCGGAUUUUGCACUCAGUGUCAAGGUUUUCAGGGACUCCUGGGGUUUUGCAGGAGAUGCUGCAGAUCGGUGUGGUGGCAAAAUUGUGCCUGGUGCUGCAGAUGGAUUGCGGGCCGAAGACAAAGGAGCAGGCUCGGGAGAUUUUGAAGAUGCAUGCAAGGGCAUGGAGGAGCUCGUCGUGUGUACCAACUGGGUUGGCCUCGGUUUACCCAUCUUGA